GUCAGUUGCAUUCCUAUUGGCUAGAGGUCGAAAUUGUUUCUUUGGUCGUCAAAGCUCUCUGGAGGUUAUCUCUAAAGCUUUUCAUUCACUAAAAUGGGCAGCUCAUAACGCUUUUUUCUUACUACAGUUGUUUCGACCUUUCCUGUUAUCUAUGGGGAGCAGUUGAGAUGUAUGUAUAGUUAGUAUUGGCUUUAACGUUGAAAACUUUCAUACGAAAGCGCCAUCUCAGCACUGGUCAAAGAAGUCAGUUUAUGAAUGAAUUCCACACAUUAGUUUAUAACCAACUGAAUGUUCUGUUGACUUCAUAUAAAAGAAUACUUUUAAUCAAUAUAAAAACAAUCGUUUCUGGAUAAAAACAAUUGAAGCAUGUCGAGAUAUAAAUAUGUGGACCUGAAAAGUGCGUCUGGCAGUGUCAAUGUAAUCGCCAUUGUUAAACAUGUUAAGAAACCGAAAAAAACCAAAGGUUCUUCAUACUCACUAUUUUUUUCGAUCACUGAUCCUUCUUUAAACGGUGAUAAAAUGUCAUGCAUCGUUUUCCAUGAUGCGGAAGGAAAUUUACCUCAGAUUCAAAGUCCUGGAGAUAUUAUAAUUAUGCAUAGGCUUGUAAUAAAACAAUAUAAUGGUCGAAACCAAGGCUGCGGUUAUGGUGCAACAGGUUUCAGUGCAGCUGUAUUUUCAGGUGUUCAUUUGGAUCCAUUGACUCCUUUUAAAUCAAACACUCGAUGCACUUUUGGUGAUGAAGAGCUGAGAAUAAUAGAACGUCUAAGAGAGUGGUAUAUCUCUCCUAACUGCCCAGUUGAAAGGGAAAAUAUACAAAUUUCAUCCGAACAAGGUAGUAAUGAAGUAAGCCGAACUAUUACAUCUGGAAUAAAAAGACUUGAUCUUCUGAAUGGAGAAGAAUAUUGCACAAUUGAAGGACAGAUUAUCAGUAUUUAUAAUUCUGUGGAAAUUGAUAAUCGUGUUGUUCUAUAUAUAUGGGAUGGACCACAAUCUAAUAAUAAACAAAAUACUGUUUUUAUUGGUCUUUCUCAAGAUCAUUUACUUCAAUUACUUCCUUAUUCUCAGCAUGAUCCUCAUCUUGCUGCCUUAACAGGGCACAAUUUACAACAAUGGAAUGAAAAUAUAUUGAAGAACUAUGAAACAUAUAACGAAGAAGAUUUAGAUAAAGUAUUAAAGUCAAAUUUUUCGUCUAAUUCAAUGGAAACUUUUCGUGAUUGGUCUGUCCCAAUUUCCAUUUAUGAUGAAUACGCUAUUACUGAACCGAUUGUCAACAUUAAACCUGGUGAUUUGAUACGUAUUCAUAAUGUGCAUGUUAGUUGUAGUCGACAGAAAAAUGAUCAAUCUUGCGGCUUGCAAUUAAGAUUACAUGGUAACGGUCAUAAAUUUGGACGUGGAAUAAAACAUUUAGGUAAUAAAUGUUUACUAAUGAAUUAUUUGCACGAUACAUUAUUCACUUCGGGAGACGAUGCAAACAUAUUAGACGAAGCAAAUAGAUAUGGUCUCUUAGACAAUUUAAAAAGUGGAAUAAAUUUAAGACCUCCACUACUUAAACCAAAAUGUGAACUUUUGCCGUACGAGCUACAGUAUCCCCUCACUAUCUCACAAAUACGCAAUAUUCCUGUAGUAGUUAACGAAAAGCAAAGACAACUCAGUGAUUGGGAUUUACUAUAUCCUAUACAAACAGAAUUUAUUCCACCUGUUCCUCCUGACAGUUGGCUAACCUGUACCGAUCUGCUGCUCAGCUCAUCAGAUCUCAAUGUCGUUUACACCCGAUUAUGUGCUCGAGUAGUUGACAUUGCUCCACUGGAUGUUAAAACGUUAAAAGAUUGCUUACUAUUAACAUGUAGUAAUUGUUCCUUUUCAAUCAGGGGUUCCAGUAUCUCUGAUGACGAUGAAGCACUUUGCGAGUGUGGUUCUUGCUUAUCUAUUCUUCCUUUAUUCUUCCUUCAUUUAGAAGAUCCAUCCGGUAACUUAAUUUUAACUGUCACCGGACAUAAUGCCAUUGGCUUAAUUAAUAGUUUAGUUGAUGAUGAUCUUAGACCAUGUAUCAAUAAUGAUACAUGGUGGACGGGACUAAUAUUCGAGAUGAAAGAAUUACAGAAUAUUGGUAUAUCACCAGAUAAAAUAGUUCUUGAACAAUGUCGUCGAUUAUUGGGUCAGUGGAUUGAUGUUGCAGUUAAAAUAAGUUGGUCGAAGAAAUCCAUUACAGGUACCACAAACACCGAAAAUGACAAUGAUCUCCAGUUUCAUAUUAAUGAUUGGGAUUUUUUGUAGGAAAUUACUUUACAUAAAAUCGGAUUUAAACCACACAUUUCUCUUAUAUUCCAUGCUCACCUUGUGCAUAGUUUUGAAAUUUUUUUUAUCAAUCCAGUUUCUACCAUAUAACUUUUUAAGUUGC